CUAAAGUCAUUAAGCAGCUACGAGCCAGUCAUCGACUUAUACUCUCGGGAACACCAAUCCAAAAUAAUGUCCUGGAGCUGUGGUCAUUGUUUGAUUUCUUAAUGCCUGGUUUUCUCGGAAGUGAAAAGCAGUUUCAGUCUCGGUUUGGUAAACCAAUUCUACAGAGUAGAGACGCAAAAUCGUCCUCUAAGGAACAAGAAGCUGGGGCCUUGGCUAUGGAGGCCCUUCAUCGUCAGGUUUUACCAUUCCUAUUGAGGCGCCUGAAAGAAGAUGUACUGCAAGAUCUUCCACCUAAGAUCAUUCAAGAUUACUACUGUGAACUGAGUCCGCUACAGGUUCAGUUAUAUGAAGACUUCGCCAAGUCUCAGGUCAAGAAAGGUUUGGAGGAAACAGUUUCUCACAUCGAUGAAGAAAACAAAAACGAGAAAGCAAGCAAAGAUAAUCCUCACGUUUUCCAGGCUCUUCAGUACCUGCGCAAGCUAUGCAACCACCCGCUUUUGGUGCUCACUGCCAAUCAUCCAGAAUACACCAAAGUUAUGGACCAAUUACAUCAACAACAUGUCUCCAUCCGGGAUAUUCAGCAUGCCGCCAAACUUGUUGCUCUCAAGCAGCUGCUGAUGGAUUGUGGGAUAGGAGUUAGCUCCUCAUCCUCAGGCUCCAGUGAUCUGUCUUCAGACCCUGUAGUGUCCCAACACCGGGUGCUGUUGUUCUGUCAGUUAAAGAGCAUGUUAGACAUCGUUGAAAAUGAUCUUCUUAAAAAACAUAUGCCUACAGUGACAUACCUCAGACUAGAUGGAAGUACGCCUGCGGGCUCGCGUCACUCGCUCGUACAAAGAUUUAACAACGAUCCCUCAAUCGACAUUCUAUUGUUGACGACACAUGUUGGAGGACUGGGAUUGAAUUUGACUGGUGCCGAUACGGUCAUCUUUGUGGAGCACGACUGGAACCCAAUGAAGGACCUACAAGCCAUGGACCGAGCUCAUCGUAUUGGACAGAAGAAGGUUGUAAACGUGUACAGAUUGAUUACACGGGGAACACUCGAGGAAAAGAUUAUGGGACUCCAGAAGUUUAAACUGAACAUCGCCAACACAGUGAUCUCGCAAGACAACUCAAGCCUAUUGACCAUGGAUACUGGACAACUCCUGGAUCUCUUUUCAGUCGACCAAGAAAAGAAGAGAGAAAAACCAAGCGCACAACAGUCGAAUGCGACUGGGAAGACUUCGCUCAAAACUAUGAUUGAAAAUUUGGGAGAACUAUGGGACGAGGAACAGUAUGAAACAGAAUACAAUUUAGACAACUUCAUUGGUUCGCUGAAGUAAAAAAUAGUAUGCGUCAUUUUGGGAUACAUGAUUGUCAGUUUAACAACCUGGCCUUAUGUCUGUGUUGGUAGAGACGAAGUUGUUCUGGUCAUGGAAGUUUACCUUGGAGCAGCCAUAAAGAUUCAAAAAGGAGAACCGAGGUUAAUCGUAAGGUUAAACACCUUCUUGGGUCAUUGCCCCACAUUUUGUGAAAGGAAGUUGGAAAUUCAAACAUUGCUCAGGAAGUUUCUUCAACAGUUUAUGAAGUGACAAAGAAAACAAGUAAGGAAACAGACAACCAAAACAAAUUUUGAUUUGACAUUCUCAAAUUAAAAAUGCCUCAGAAAAUUGACGAUGAUGUAAACAUUUUGUAAGUAAUAGGCUGGAUUUCAUAAAGUUAGCUCGCGUUUGCAUAUUAUUAAAAUAACAAGAACACAUUCAGAGUAAUUUGAACGCAGCUAGCGUAUAUUCGGGCAUUGGACGUCGCGCUCCAGGAAAGACACUUUCCUUUGUUUGUGAUUCAGAUCAAAUUCCCGCUUACGAAACGAAACAUUUUUGGUGAUGUCAAUUAGGCAUGUGGUGGAAUAAAGGUUUUCACUUUGUUAUA